CUUGGGGGAUGAAUAGCGUGAUAUUAGGGGAUCAGAAUGGUACCAAAGUUGCCAUGACUACCUUUAUUGUUUUGCCGCUUGCGAGCAUUCUUUGAGAGCAAUUUCGCAAACAAUGGCGCAUCGAAGCCAAAAUGUUAAAAUUGAUGAAUUUCGGCUUCGAAUAACUUUUGUUUUUAAGGCCAUCCUUUUAUAAUAUUUGGUAGGACUACAUUUAUAGCCUUUAUCUAAAUUCCUACCGAAGCACUUUAUUCGAUUUCGUCUUUGAUCGCAGUAAAAAUGCAUUUGAAUAAGGCCACCAAAUACAGCGUUUCGAUGUCAACGCUAAUAAUAUAACGUUUAGCGUCUGAGGUUGCGGUCAAAAGAAAGAUGGAAUUAUCGACCAAGACACAGAAAUUGAGGAGAUUAGACGAAAAGGUAUGUUUGGCAUUUGUUUAUUGUAUUAUUUGUACGAAACAAGGGAUAAUAUAUUGAUAUGUUUUGAAAGGCAGGCGUGUGUACUUGUUGACUUGUAUAUUGUAUACAUUCUUGAGCGCUCAAGAACUAUAAUACCUAUAGCGGCCUAUGGCUACAAACCCUUUAAUUAACCCUAUAUUUUCGAAUGUGGAGGGUUUAAAACAAGCGAAAUAUGUUUAAAAUUACGAACAAUAAUGUGUUGUAUAUUAUAUUUUCACAUUGACAGUUGUCACACAGAUUUAUUAUAAGUAGAUUGACUAGACAAUAUGCGAUGUUCCAUAGGUAAAUUCUACGUUUUGAGGGAUUUGUAAGUAAUCUUUGAGGAAAUUGGCUCAGUGUUACAUUUCAGCACAUAACAUGCAAUUCUGACAAUGUAAACUCUGUUACUAUAUAAAUGUGAAGUUUUUUUAACUUUGAAGUUAGAAAAAUCUUUUGAAUAUUGAAACAAACCUAUAAUUGCUUGCAAAUUCAGGUAAACCACAGGCACAGCUGGCAGCAUGGCCUAGGUGUUGUAUUUGUACACAGACUUGAUUUAUAGUUUCAGCAAUCUAUGAACUCAUUGAGUCGCAUUGCGCCCUCGCCGCCCUGAUGGGCCCUACUUUAUUAUUUUACUUUGUCUAACGCCAGAUUAUUUUACUUUGUCUAACGCCAGACGAUUUUACUUGUCAAGGGGAGAGUGCUGGCGCAGCUUAAUUGGUUAACUAGCCUAUAUGUCUAUGUGUCUAGUUAGUGCAUUGAGUUACAUUGCACCCUAUGUUAUUAUUUUACUCUGUCAGUCUCUAUCUACCAGCAGACAAGUUAACUUGUCAACGGAGAGCGCUGGCGCUUAAUAGUUAACUAGCUUAUAUGUCUAUGUGUCUAGUUAACCUAUUGAGUCGCACUGCGCCCCGAUGCGCCCUACUUUAUUAUUUUACUCUGUCUAACGGCAGACGAUUUUACUUGUCAAGGGGAGAGCACUGGUGCUUAAACGGCUUAAUGAUUAACUACCCUAUAUGUCUUUAUGUCUAGUUAGUGCAUUGAGUCACAUUGCACCCUGAUGCACCCUAUGUUAUUAUUUUACUCUGUCAGUCUCUAUCUAACGGCAGACAAGUUAACUUGUCAACAGAGAGGGCUGGCGCUUAAUGGUUGACAAGCUUAUAUGUCUGUGUGUCUAGUUAACCCAUUGAGUCGCACUGCGCCCUGAUGCGCCCUACUUUAUUAUUUUGCUCUGUCUAACAGCAGAUGAUUUUACUUGUCAAGGGGAGAGGGCUGGCACUUAAUGAUUUAAGUUCUGAAAGUAGCAAGGAAAACCACCCAUGUGAGGCUUAUGUUUUUAUAUACCAAUGAUACAGCCACAAUACAUCCAUGGAUUGUUGGUCCACCUUUUGUGUUAACUCAGUAAGCCGCAGUGUUUCCCAGUGUCACCAUCAGUCAUUUGCUUGUUUUGUAUAUGCGAUACUGAGUAGAUAUGUGAUGUGCCCCAAAGACAGUCGUGUUUACAGGCUAUACCCGUAGUAAUCGGGCUACUUUGUUAUUUCGGUCUUAUAUCAGUCAGAUAUUUAAAUUUACCCUUAAAGACAGUUACCGUACUGUAACAAUAUUGGGUUUAUCAGCUAUAGUGAUGCAAGAUUUUUAAUCUCUAAACCUUUACCAUUUUCUUCUAGGUCUUGCAAGGCAAAUUUUAUUUACUAAUGGCAGAAUAUUGUGAAAUAAUGUGUCGCUGGGUUUGGAUUAUUCCUGCCUACUAUACUGAAAUAUAUGUGUAUUAAGUUUGACUUUGACUGUAAUAUUAACCCUCUCAGUAAUUGCCAAGUGCAAGUGAGGGUUGAUCUAAUUAAUGUAUUAUUAUUUGAUUGCAAAUAGUGUUCUCAAUUAAAUUGUCUGGUCUAAUAAAUAAUUUUACCAGGACUAUUGGCAAAUAUUGUUCCCAGUAUUGUUCUUUAUGUUCAGUAGUGUACUAAACAUUUGACUAUGGAAUAGCAAAUUCACAAACUUUUUUAUCCAGUGUGUAUUAUUUUAGUCUUUUUGAAUUGAUCACAUGUGAACAUUUCCUGCACAUGCAAACAACACAUUCAUAUGGGUUUUCUUCUCUGUGUGUUCUUUUAUGUGUUAACCCAUUGAACCGCAAUGCCCCUUUUACUUGUCUAACACCAGACAAUUUUACUCGUCAAUAGGGAAGCUCUGCCACUUAAUGGGUUAAGCACCCUGGUUGUGGAAGUAUGAACAUCAAUGGAUACAAAGACAUGGUGUAUAUCAUAGAAUUUAUUAAUAUACAAAUCAAAGUACUUUGCCAAUGCAGGAAGUUCAAAUAAUAUACACAUACCAGUAAAAUGCCUGUCACAUACUGAUACAAAGGCAGUCAUAAUGGGUUACAUACAGUCACUAAAAACACUUUUAACUGCAUGUACCAAAAGAGAAAUUUAUCACCUUACUCCUUAGUUACUUAGUAUGUCAGCCAUAUUACUGGUAGUGUGUGUGAGAUACUGUAUGCUAAAUAAAGACCAGAAAGUUAGAAAUAUGACAUGCUAGUGAAUAUAGAAUACUUCAAGUUAUCUUUAUUAACAUGUACAGUACAUAAUUCAAAAAUAUUUAUAACUGUUUCAAGUGUUAGCACAGACAUGAUACUGUAAUUCCUUUCAAUGUGUGAAAGCUUUCAAAAAUUCAAUAUAGUUGCUUACAAAUUAUCCACCCUUGUAUAUUGAUUAAGCCAACACUAGUAGACUGCGAAAUAGUUUGUAAAUUAAGAGAUUAGACAAGCCUCCUGACACUGAGCGGUAGGUUUAUGUAAACGUUCGUUUUAGCUGUUAGCUUUAUUUUACGUCGCCUGAGCAAAAUCCAUUCGAUAUCACUUAAUUAAAUCUUAUACAAGAAGUAUUUUAACAUGUCAACAGAAAGAAAUUGACCAGUUUGCCUUUGCCAAUCUGUUAAUUCGAACGUGAUUUUCUCAUUGAAGGUUUGUUUCGCACAUUGACCAGUCCCCAUCGAUUGUUUCCGCAAUAAUCCACAACAGUUUUCUAGUUCACAAGAUGAAAAAUUCGCCCUAACAGAUUUUGCAAUUCACUCCUAAUCGCCGCCAUCUUGAAUUUUUUCUAUGCUCAUGGGCAAGACCGCUGAACUUCAUGAUCGGCAGUUUGGCCGAUUUCGCAACAUUUUAUGCCAAGCGUGAAACCCUCAAAAUGCUCAAAUCUAUAUAAUAUUACUGCAACAUCUGAACAAAAAAAAAAAAGUAUUCACACUAGCUUUAAAGACCAAGACGACCCGAAAAAUAAAAAAAGAUAUGAUAUGUACGAUAGUUGCAAAGAUUAACAACGAUUCACUAGUUUAAAACCUAUAAACAUAGUCUGUAUCGUGUACUGUAUAUAUAAAUAAUAAUGUUCGUCAACUCCAUAUUUAAUAGUAAUAUUUGUCGCUGAUAAAUACCUCGAUUAAAUGUUUUAUUUGACCAAUAAAUGAAUAAAUACAAACUACUUACCUUCCUCUUGGGUGUUUUGGUUUUAAAAUCUAAUUUUAUUAGCAAAUAUCCUCAAAAUGUCAAUUUCAAAACAAAUCACAGCUCUCACUCCAUAUAUUUUAUAUCGAUUCCAGCUGCAAGUUACUGGCCAGAGUAAUGGCCGCCGUCGUAUUUCCGGCAUGCGCGACACGACAUGCGCGAGGACACCGACUUCAAAGGAUCCGACAUUCAGUUGCCCUUCUAUUCAUUUCUUAUUCUAUGCUUUUACUCUUUUCACAUUCAGCCGAAACACUCAGUAUAUUAGUCAAUGAUUUUUUGCUAAAAUCGAUGGACAACAAAAAACUUGCUGCUCUAGUCCUUUUGGACCUUUCAAAAGCGUUUGACAGCGUGGACCAUUCAAUCCUGUUGAAGAAACUAAGCAAUAUUGGGUUUCAGGUGAAGCCCUUAACUGGUUUGAAAGCUACAUCACGGAUAGAAAGCAGUUCGUUCGCAUUGACUCCUCGGUAUCCGAAGUUUUACCAAUCACCCACCGAGUGUCUCCGGGAGCAAUAUUGUCACCGCUAUUGUUCUGCAUCUAUAUAAAUGACCUCUCAAGAGUACCACAAGCAUCUGAGUUGGAAUCAUUCGUCGACGAUUCUAAGAUCUUUAUGUCGUUUCCAAUUGAAGAUAUUGCUAGUGCAAAAACAAAGAUAGAAGAGGACCUCAAAUUGGUAGCAACUUGGUUUUUCGAAAAUAAACUGUUGAUAAACCCUGAGAAGACACAGUUACUCUUGAUAGGAACUCGUCAACUGCUCGGUAAGCUCCUUGAGGAGACGACAAUUACAUUUCUUGGAGAAGAGAUUACACCAACCACAAAUGCCAAAGACCUGGGAUUAGCCCUAGACAGUUAUCUGACAUACGAUUAGCAUGUCAAAUAUGUUGUAUAAUAAAUACAGAUAAAAAGAGUAAAGGAUAGCUUUGAUAGGGAUAGUCUUCCCUUAAUUAUCAAUGCUUUAGUAAUAAGCAAACGUUUGUGCCAUUUAAUGAUGAUUCUUCUGCAAAAGUCUGCAAGAUCACUUUGUUACAGGAACUAGUUCAUAGUGGGUCCUAUGACAUCAUCUGCAUUUUCGAAACUUGGCUCAAUGACUCAAUUAUAAGCAGCGAGCUGCUGCCUGGAUAUAGUGUCUUUCGCCGAGAUAGAGUUGAAAAGAUUGGGGGCGGAGUGCUUGUUGCCGUGAAAGCCAAUCUGCAUGCGACUAGACGGCCAGAUCUCGAAAGAAAUGAAAUCGAACUAGUUGUAGUGGAACUUAAUAACACGAACAGUAAACCUGUAAUCCUGUAUACGUUUUAUAGUCCUCCUGUUUCAGGCCCCGAAGUUUUCCAUCACCUUAGUUCAUCACUUCAGAAUACAAGCGAAUCUAGCUGUAUUGUUUUUGGCAGGAGACUUCAAUCUUCCCGCACUUGACUGGACUACAUUCGAUGAACAAAUCCCUACUACGGCCGGAGGUCAACCGGAAAACAGUUUCUGCGAUCUGUUUGAUGAUAAUUUCCUACGGCAAUUCAUUCUUGGUCCUACCCACAACUGUGGCAAUAAACUUGACCUUCUUCUAAGUAACUGUCCUGAAAUUAUUACGAAUGUUGAAAAAUCUACUCCCGAACAGUGCAAAUUUCCAACCGAUCAUUAUAUCGUCGAAUUUCAGAUCAAACUUAAAUUUAAGCGAGCUAGGAAUGUCAAACGUCGAAUUUACAACUACAAAAUGGCAAACUUUGAAGGUUUGCGUAGCUGCUUGUCCAAUGUACCGUUUGAGAACGCUUUCUCGGAUGAUAUUGUCCAACACUGGUCGGAUUGGAAAGACUUAUUCUUGACGGCUGUGAAUAAAUUCGUCCCUGUUAAAACCAUUAAAGACAUAAAUUCCCCCCAAUGGAUUGACGGCGAAGUUCGUCAACUUGUCCGAUAG